GUGAAGAUUCAAAUGAUCCGAUCCUAAACCUUUGCAAUAACUUAAUACAAAAUAUUUAUAACACAGCUGAGUUUAAAGAACGUCUCAUCAUAACGGAUGCAGUUGUUGAAUCAAUCAACGAUCAUUUCGCUCACAUUAGCCAAUAUAAUCGAAUCAAAGAUUUUAUUAUUUUUUUUGGUGAAGUUAUUUAUUAUUUUGAAUAUCUAGCGAAGAUGGAUUAUAUACUUUUAAUGAAUAGAAAAUUCAAUAAAGCCGUAGGUGAUAAUGGUUUUGAUGAAGGAAAUAAGUAUCAAUUUACUAUGAAGGGGUUGGAAAUGUGCAAAUUUGCUGAGCUAUUUUUUAAAAUUGAAGAAUUUAGUUCUAGUUUUCAAAAAUUUUAUCAAGAUUGUCACGAUUCGCUUGGAAACGAG